AUGGCGAUAUACAGCGCCGUGCCGCCUCCUCCGGAACUCACGGGCACAACGGCGAGUUCGCAUCUACACCAACCGCACCAACAGCACCAGCAGGCCCAGAACCCGGGAUCUCACCAAUUCCCAGAUUCGGCGUCGCAAACCGGCGCAUCACUCUCCAACGGCGUUGACGUCGGAGCCUGGGUGGUUUCAUCCGCCUUCGAAUCGCUUAGUGUGUCGCCCGCUGCCUGCGGUGCUGGCAACCCGCUAGUUAUUCCCCUCGACGAGCCUCUAAAGAAGCCCUCUGUGACGGUCCGAGAUCCUCGCUCUGGAUUGGCGGCAACUACACCGAUCCCGCGCCCACCGUCCCGUCGCGACAGUCAGCAUAGGCGGGAGGCAUUGUUGAAGGGCAAAGAGGGCAGUCGACAGCGACGGCGCUGGGAGAACGACCGCCUAAUGCAUGUUCCCAAUGUCCAGCCUCCUCAACCGUUCGAUUGGGAACCGCGCCCGCUCCAUCCCGUCACCGACGUCCCCUACCAGAUAGCUGCCGCCUGGGACCUACACGUGCGUGCCGAAUUCGAAGCCAAGAGAGCGGCCGCGGCGCGCCGUAAACAGAUGCUGACCCGGACGCUGGGCGACGAGCACGUCGCCGGGCGAGUGCCCCGCGAGCUGUUUCAGCGCGCAAAGAAGACGCCUGCCGUCAAGCUGUGGGUUCGCUCGCUGGAGGAGCCGGUCCGGCGGUACUUGGUUGAACAUCGAAUCGCGAGAGAACCAGAAGAAGCCUCUUCCGCUGAAGACGGGGCAGACACCGAAGACGACGAGAUAGUAUUUGUUGGUCGCAACGGCACUAGCCGAGACGGUUGGAAGAGGGCUAAGCGAGAUACCGGGGGCGAGACGGUGGGAGAGGGCAUGGUAGUCGACGCUUCAGGCGAUGAUGCCGAUGGCGCCUUCAGACGAUGGAUCACGCAUUCCAUCUCUGAUUACUACGGCCUCAACUCCCACUCGGUCUUGGUGGGUGACCCAAAGCGCAAGGUAGUAUACGUGCAGAUGAAAACUGGGCAUGUGCCGCCGGUACAAGCAGAACUCCCACGGCCCUUGUGGGAGUUGUGUUAA